GAACAUUCUAGAGAGAGGUCCCUGCCCAGCUCAUUUGGCCAGACACUUGACAGAACAAGAUGUUCUCUUGCUGCGUCCUCACUUCCCAAGGCCAUGGGCCGAGGAAACCAUGGGGUGAGGGUUUUCAGCAACGAAUCCGACGCUGGUUCUCACGUCACUCCCAAUACCUCUGGCCAUUUGGCAGGAAGCACUCACAGAGCUGCAGUUACCGCAAAGGCCAGGUGCUGCUCAACAAGGUCCUGUAUUCCAUCUCCUUCAUGGAGAGACAGGCGGCCAACAGAGGCUGCUGCUGGCUGAUGGUUAAAAUAUGGUCUAAUCUGAUUGUGUAUGACGCCCACGUUGGGUGGAGGAUCCAGGGGCGCACAUUGCUGAAGCUCAUAGACAGCCUGGUGCCUGCCUUCCUGGGCUGGGAGCCCGCAUAUGUUCCCAAUUUCCUGAGAACCUACAGAGCCUUUGCCACCACCCAGCAGGUGCUGGACACGCUGUUUGCAAGGUACCCCUGGUUCGCUCCUACUACUGAUUGUGUACUCCAGGACACAGUGAAAUACGCUCUCUCCUCCAUCCUGGCCACCUGGCUGGAGCAAUACCCGGAAGAUUUCAAUCAUCCCCCGCAUUACACCAGUCUGUACAUGCUGCUGGACUACACGCAGCUCAACCUGUGUGGCUUCGAGCUGGACCAACAGGUACAACUUCUCCUGAGACACUUGCAGCAACAGGAGCCUGCGGAGGCAGAACUAGAGGGUGAGGAGGACCGGGAUUGGUGCAUAGCCACAAGAGCUUGUGCCACCUCCACCUCUAUCGCCAGAUGGAGCUCCACAGCCGGAACAGGCUCGCAGACCGCUUCCGGAAACCUCCAGGGAGCCCGCGCCAGCUUCCACUAUGGCACUAGCUCCAGAGUGCUAGGAAGCGCCAACCGUUCCACCUGCAGAGCCAGCCGAUCCAGAUCCAGAUCCAGAGUCACAUGCAGCCUCAACCACAGUCUAUUCUAUUGGAAACUCAAGGGCAGGAAACGCCUGUUGCCACAUCCCAAGAGCUUGAUCUCUUUGUAGUUCCACAGCUGGCACCUGUCCCCCUCCUUACUAAGGAAUUUGUUGUAAUGUCAUCUUUCUCCUUUACUUCCACAUAAAAACUUACUAUACUUCAUCUUCUAAAAUGCAUAAAUAAAAUUUGAUAUUUUAACUUAAAAAAA